AUGGCAAGCGACUGGAAUUCAAGUAGUGGGCUAGUACCAAUUGCCCCUGCCCCCAUGGGAGAAGGCCUCAGCGUGGGCAGUCAAACAAAUACGCCGCAGUCUGCUAUGCUCUACACAUGCCAAACCUGUGCAAAACGAAAGGUCAAGUGUGAUAAAGCUGCCCCAAUUUGUUCUCGGUGCCGCAAGGGAGGGUUCGAGUGCGUUUUUCAAGCACCGCAGCCGAGGCCUCGGAAACGAAAACUGGAUGAUAUGAUGCAAAAGCUGGCUCGAUACGAGUGCAUUCUAAAGGAGAACGGUCUGCUGGAUACUGAAACAACGGAUGAAGAAGUCCCUAUUCAUCAACAGUCAGAGACCAGUCACGUCGAGCCAGUCACGUCAAAAACGGGCAGGCUACUUACCGGCCAAGGCAGGUCGAGAUAUAUCGAUAGCCAUAUGUGGUUCAACCUCGGAGAUGAUGAGAUUCAACAGAUAUCUGCGGAUGAGGACGAUGAUUCAAUGACCCCUGAUUCUGUUUCUACCAAAGCCAUCCUACCGGAUCCGUUGACGGGUGGGUUCUUGGGUUGUCAGCAAAGUAUCCUGCACUGUCACCCAAGUCAUACGGAUGCCAUGAAGCUGUGGAAGACGCACGCUGAGAAUGUGGAACCCAUCUGCAAAGUUUUACAUAUCCCAUCGACUGGCAAAAUGGUCGAAUCCGUUUCACAACGACCUGAAAUUGCUUCCAAGGCAGAUGAGUGUUUACUGUUUUCAAUCUAUCACUGUGCUGUCUUUUCGAUAUCGGAAGAAGAGUGCAUGAAGGUGUUCAAACAAGAUCGAUCAACAAUUAUGAAACGAUUUCACGCUGCCGCGCGUCAGGCUCUAGUGAAUGCGUCGUUUCUUAAAACAACAGAAAUCGUUGUCUUGCAGGCACUUUAUCUAUACCUCCUAUCCAGUCGUUACGCCUACGAUCCGCACACAUACUGGAUCUUGACUGGGAUAUCCGCCCGCAUUGGACAACGGAUCGGCCUCCAUCGAGAUGGAGAGAACCUGGGCCUGCCACCAUUUGAGGUAGAGCUGAGACGUCGAUUGUUUUAUCAGGUCUUUCCACACGAUUCUCGAGCAAGCCAGUCUGCUGGAAUUGACUAUAUGAGUUUGCCGGAAGCCUGGGAUACAAGGCCCCCGCUCAACAUCAACGAUGACCAAAUUUGGCCUGGAAUGACAGAGAAACCAGUGGAGCAAAAUGGCGCCACAGACAUGAUGUUCUGUCUGUCCCGCGCAUACGUGGGGAAGCGACUGGCUGAAUCAGGAAAGUCGAUCAACACGGUCGGACCUUGGAGCUCCUCUGAUAGUCGUGAAGCUGAAGAAGUCAUUUCUGCAGCAGAAAGUGAAGUGGAGGAAAAAUUCAUUCGUUACUGCGACAUUGUGAACCCCCUACACUUCCUUACUAUUGGACUUGCAAGGUCCGGUAUGACGGCCAUGCGGCUCAAACUUCGUCUCCCCAAAGUAAGGGACCAGACCGCUAGCAGCCAGGAGAGAAAGGAACUAUUCCAGCUUGCGCAGAAAACCUUGGACACCGAUGCGGCAGUCCAUUCUCAUGGUGGGACUAACAAGUUCCAGUGGCACAUCAAACCAUUCUUUCUAUGGGGAACUCGAGACUCAUUCAUCUUUAUGCUCACGACUCUCUUGAAACAAAGAGAUUUGCUCUCCCAUGAUCAAAUCGAGGCAGCUUGGAAAAGUGUCGCCGAGCUCUACCAGAACCACGAUGAGCUUUUCGAUAGCCGACAAGCCCUCAGUAUGGCAAUGAGAUGCCUUGCUUUGAAGGCUUGGGAUUCCUGGAAAUCAAGCAGUAGUGCCCCGGAACCAGAGUUUAUCAGGACCCUACGGUCUUUGAGGAAGAACCAAGACAAAAGACAACAUCAAAGUGAUGCCCUGAUAACUCCCGAGGCAGCAUCAUCAAACGAUCUGUCGCCUGCAACUGGAGUGCCGGGUGUGGAUGCCUUCGAUGUUAUCGAGGGACUUGAAUUUGAUGUUGAUGAUUGGAUAUCAUGGGAUCAAUUGUUAAAAGAUCAAUCGCAACUAGAGAAUCAACAAUGA